AACGUUGUGGCUUUGUAUAGCAACAAACGUGUCUUGUAAACAUAAACAAACGAUACUUUUAAUCCAUAAGUCGGUUCACUGAAGACUCGAGUACAAGAUCGCGAGCACAUGUAAAAUCUGGCAUCCUAUUGGAUAACAACUAUCACGUGACGUUACACUCCCGACGAUAUAGCGUCACACGGAAGAACGUAUGAAGGUUUAUGGUGUGUGCACAAUCUACAUGCUACUAAAGAGCUGCACACGGAGAGCUUAAAUCGAGGGAAACGUGUUCUAUUCAUCGUUUAUGACAGUUCAAAUCAAAAGGUUAUGGCCACCCCUCGUCCAAGGAAGAUAUUUCUCUGGUUAUUUCCUUUGUUCUUAUUGGCUACAAUCCUGUCUGUGUACAUCUUCAGUGACCAUUUAACAGGAUCUAAACAUUCUGUUUCAUGCAAUGCUUACAACUUUGAGUUCCGGAAAAGCCUUGCAGAGGAUCUGAGAGAAAUCCAACAAAAAGUAAGGAAGUCAUUCCUGCAUAAAGAAGCACCCUCGCCAAAACUACUUUUACAGUUGGAAGAAAUUGUGAAACGGCUUGAUCCUGAAGUAGAUCUGGCAAGUGUGUUCACUCAGAAGGGUACUGAUACUGACAGCUUGGAUGUAUGUCCAGAGGUAUAUAAUGGGACAAAGUUUGGUUACCCCUUCUAUGAAAAGGGUUGGGUAUCAAUCAGCUGUACCAAUGUAAAACCUCUUCGCUCUGUUGUUAGUGUCCUGGUCAACACUAUUGCAUAUCCCAAGCAAGAUGAGAACUAUAUUGAAACCGUUAUAAAAGGCAUAACAGAGACUUACCCAACAGUUCAGGUUUAUUUGGCAACAGGAAGUGUCAAUGUAAUGAAAGCUGCCCAAAAUUAUAAAAAUGUUGAUGUUGUUCUGAUUGAUAAAGCUCAAGUAGCUAAGGGAUGGAACAUUCUGGUUGGGAAAGCCUCUACUCCUUAUGUGCUGGUUGCACGUGAUGUGUUUCACUUCACAUGGCUAACACAACUUGAGAGGCAGAUUCGUGUUACCAGUCAGACACCAUAUGUUGAAGUUGCUGGUGGAUCAUACCGUAACUUCUCUGGUCACUGGAAAGCAGGAUGUGUCCAAACUACAAUGAAGAACUAUGUGUUAAAGUACCAAGAGGGAUACUUGCACUCAAAGAAUGGGUGUAUGUUAUGUGACUAUCUUCAGGGACCUUUUGUAACCAAAACAAGUCUGUUCAAGCUUGAUGAGAAGCUUCCAAUUCAAGUUGUGUUUGAAGACUGGUUUUCAAGUAUUAUUAAAAAAGGUAGCUUAGUCAUGUCAUGUCCAGAUGCUAUGUAUUUUACAACAGACUACUGGUCAUAUUCUAAAAUAAUUGAUAGAAAUGUGUGGACACCAUUGGCUAAAAAGUGGGAACUCAAUCAAGUUUUAUUGCCGGGAGGGGUAAAGCAUUCCUUCUCUUGUGAGGAUAUAGGUGUUACAUGCAAAGCCAAAAGCGAACUUCUCCCUUUGUGUUGCCUUCAAGAGUAUGCUUAUGCUUUAGCAUUUUUUCAGAAAUUUGCUGAAGCUCACAAUUUCACUUUUGAACUUGAUACUGGUUCUGCACUGGGUGGUGUUAAGUUUGAGGGUGUGCUUCCUUAUGACCUGGAUGGAGAUUUUAUUAUCUCGACAUCUGGUUUUGACAUCCUUGGGAAAACUGAAACAGUUGAUUAUUUCCAGAAAAAUGGAUACACUUUGGCAGAUUAUGAACCCAAAGGAGGGUACGCUAGACUUUUUUUCAAGAAGUUUUAUUUUGAGAUAUGGAGAUGGGGGGAUAUGUCAAACAAAAGAUAUCUCCCACCAGAGCUACAGAAACAAGAAACUUUCACAAAAGCCAACAUUGGUGGUUAUUGGAUAGAUACAGCAUUUAGUCCUGGUUUGUUCUCUAGGAAUCGAUAUGGAAGAGAAAUCCUCAAACACUCUCAAUCUUGGAUCAAGCUGGGCUUAUCACACAGCUUUAUUGAAUACAAUCCUGGAGGCUUUGAGCUUUGUAAAAAGCCAGAGCAUCAUGCAUGCAUACACAAUUUCCCUGCUGACGGCAACAUUCCAUUUAUGGUAAAUUAGACAUGUGUAAUGGUGCACAAAACUCAUGAACAGUAAGACUGUAAGAUGUCAUGUAUUAUUGCCAUUUUAAUGUGUCAAGAAAAAAUCUGAAUGGUUGACUGAGGAGUAGUGGUUGAGCUUAGUUGUGUUAAGUAUGUCACAACUUUCCCCUCUAAUAGGAUAAGACUUUAAUUAAAAACAAAUGCUAACAGAAAAAAACAACAACAACAACAGCGCAAAUCAGUAAGGUCACGAGGAAUGUCAGCGUAGAAUCUAUUGGAUCUAGCUAUCUAACGACUGGGAACUUAUUCUCACGAAAGGGAGGAAAGUUAAAGAAUAAAAACGAAUGAAUAGGUGACAAGACAAUCAUGAUUUUCUUCUUAACAAAUUAAUAAAUCAUUCAAACCGUGAACAUUUCCUUAGUUACUCUUCGCGUUCUUGAGAGCUGCCGGGCUUUUCGAGGCCAGAUUAUUGACCCGAAUAACUGCACAGAAAACCUUUAAGAUGCCAUGGCAAUUACACCGGUAAACGUGUAGCAACACUAUAACCCAUGGUUCAAGAGUUCAAUUUACUAUUAAGUAGAGAACAGCACAUUGUUCAGUAACAAUGGAGAGCGCACAUAUCAUGUGCAACAAAGUGGUCAAACGUCGGGCAUGAUGCGCUAGGGGAUAUUAAUUUGGCUGCCCGUGUGUCAAUUUCGCGCAAAAUUUUAAGGAAGCUCCAUAGGGUUUUUUGACCGUUCGAGGUCUGGGUGUGAACAUAGCGCAAGCUUCAAGUGUCAGUUUGAAAAACAAACAUAGCCGCUCAGUACGAAAACACAAAAUUGCAAAUAGCGAGGAAACUGCCUUUGUAACCCCUAUUUUCCUCGGCAACAUUGUGAAAAUUUUGAGAUAGUUCCCGGAAGCAAAUUGAAAAAUAUUUAAGGCAAAGCCAAAUUAUCACUGGCGUGCGCCUCUUUCGUGGAGCCUAAGCUUAAUAGCGAAAAUAAAUGGUCUGAACCUUGCUCAUCGCCCCUU